AUACGCGCGUACACAGCGACACACCACAAACGCGCUCAACCUGCCAUUGCUUACUAGACGCUACAAGAGCAAGCCAUGUUUCUGACGCGCUCCGAGUAUGAUCGGUCUGUCACUUCCUUCAGCCCUGAGGGCCGUCUGUUCCAGGUUGAGUACGCUAUUGAAGCCAUCAAACUCGGUUCAACAGCUAUUGGUAUUUGCACGAGUGAAGGUGUCUUGCUCGGUGUUGAGAAGCGGGUAGGCAGUGUGCUUAUGGAGUCUUCGUCUAUUGAGAAGAUUGUGGAGAUUGAUACACAUAUUGGAUGUGCCAUGUCUGGCUUGACGGCGGAUGCUCGAACGAUGAUUGAUCAUGCGCGUGUGGAAGCACAGAACCACCGCUUCACAUUUGACGAACCAUUGCGUGUUGAGUCAUGCACGCAGGGUGUGUGUGACUUGGCACUGCGCUUUGGAGAGGGUGGAGAUGAGGAUGAUGAGCAAGAAGUCAUGUCGCGGCCAUUUGGUGUUGCCUUGCUGAUUGCUGGUGUGGAUGAAGAUGGACCUUCGCUCUACCACGCUGAGCCGUCUGGUACAUUCUUCAGGUACGAUGCAAAAGCAAUUGGGUCCGGGUCUGAGGGUGCACAGGCUGAGCUACAGACUGCAUACCACACAUCACUGACGCUGGUGGAGGCAGAGGCCCUUGCCUUGAAGGUGCUGAAGCAGGUGAUGGAGGAGAAGCUGGAUGCGAAGAAUGUGCAGCUUGCGAGUGUGACGCGGGAGCAUGGGUUCAGGAUCUAUGACGAUGCGAGGAUGAAGGCUGCGGUUGAGACACUGGAGGGAUGAGUAGAUGCAUAGUUGUGACUGCUGCACUCCCGUCGCGUCUGAAUCUCGAAUUUAUUUUUUGUUUCUGGACGCGACUUGGGAAGCAGCAGCAGCAGCAAGGGGACCGCAACACCCAUCCACAUCCAUC